UGUAAAUAUUGUAUUUCAGGUGUACGAAUGAUGUGUGCUAAAGGCAACAAAAUAAUUUUUUGUCAAAAUAUGACUUGGGCCAUUAUUUCUAUAGGAGGGUAUUUUGCAAAUUCACAUUUCUAGAUUUUUUUUCCAGCUCGGGCUUUUUGUUCCAGGGAGCCAUCUUGAGGUAAGUUGAGAUUGGUCCUCGCGGCCCUCCCACUCCCCGUGUGUGCGCCCGCGUGCUCUACCUUGGAAAAAAAACGAGCCAUCUUUCUGAGUAGUAGUUCAAAGGCACGAGGGAAGGCUCGGCUUAAAAAUCAAUUGCAUUCUUUGUCGACUUAGCUGCCUUUUUCCCCAGGGAGAAUGUACACUACGCUGCUGAGAGUCAGGUGCUCUCAUACAGUCCGACUGGAGGCGAGAGAGUGAAGGCCUCGUACAAUCCACUCAAAAGUAGCAGGUUACGUAAAGCCAAUUUUGCAAUCCUCAUUGUAUCGUAGUACACUUUGGCAUUUGAUUUGUUAAUAUUGAAAGGGGUUUUUAGCCUUCAAAGAACCUUAUGCACAUUUUUUGUCCUAUAUAUCAUAAAGUGACCUGAAUGGAUGUGGACGUGAUCCCAUGACCUUUGAUCCCGAGACGUCUUAAGGCUUUAAUGUGCUAAAACCCCCAAACAUCACACACUCAUGCACACACAAACACACUUUCCUCAAGAGUCUUGCGGUCUGUCUAACCUUUCACUGCUUUUAAAAAACAAACAAACAGAAGACUAUUGAAAUGCUGAUAAAUACCAACGGCACAAAAGUUUGCCAGCCAAAAACAGUAGAACCUCAAUUUUAAAAUUAAUAAAUAACGAAACAAUCAAGAUUAAUACAUUUAUAAAUCCAAGCUUACCAUAACAAAAAGUCUAUAUAUAAAUAAAAUGAUAAAUUAUAUUUGUAGAUAUAAUCAGAAAACAUGAAUAGCAAUGGCAGUUUACGACUCAAAAUCUUUCAGAUGAUUAAUCAGAUUAUAUGAUUAAUUUAAUAUUUUCUAUUAUUAUUGAUAGGAACUCUUAAAAUAAUACCAAAUGAAAUCCUACAUAUUUUUUGUAAAAUGUAUUAAUAACCUAAUAUACAGUAUUCUUAGUACAAAACAUAAACAGUUUCCUAAUUAAAAAUAACUAACAUUAGUUACAGUUUAGAGAAACAUUAACUGACAACUUUUCAUCAUGGAAAAUAUAUAUAUGAUAUAAUAUAUAAUAUAAAUAUAACUGCUCUAUAGCUGUACAUUCUGCAAUUUUGUUUUAAAUUUUCAACUCUGUGUCAACUCUGCAAUUUCUUUUUACAACUUUUCUAGUUCAAGUUAUGAGACCAAAAAAAAAAGAAAAUCUAUAGUAGAAAAUCACUCGAGCAGUAAAAUGAGUGUUGCAAAAAUGCCGUUAUGAAGGAGUGUUGUGAGGAUUAAAUGGGCUGUAGGGGGUGGGGACUGGGCGAAAUCUUGCAGUUAAGCAGCUAUUAGAAGAUUGGGCCUCCUCCUCCUUCUCCUCUUCCUUCUUCUCCCCCUCUUCUUACCCUCCCACCUUCCCCUGCCGGCCGAGCCUUUGCAGUCCAGGCCGCCAAGGACCAUCCGCCUCCUUCCCUGGGAGAGGAGACGCCGACACCUCCAGCCACUUUCCCUUCCUUCCUCCCUUCCUUCUGUCUCCAUCAUCUUCUUCAGUCACGGCACCACUGGAGGUCGCCAAGCUGAAGCAUCGCUUGCCCCCGUCAUCAUCUUGAACAACUUUUGUAAAUGUAGUGUCACCAUGUACCUGGAAAACACAAGCAACCUGGACCUGGAAAAGUCCCAGGCCUCAGCGCCGGGCCACCAAGCCGCUGGGAAUUUCGGCGAGCUGCGUCUGCUGCAAGGCAUCUCGGAGCGGCGGGAAACGCAGAAGCUGCAGCAACAGUCGGCGGCUCUGCCUACGGGACAACGCGUCAUCCGCGCUGAGGCCUUCCUGCCCGUUCGACAAGAAGACGGGCACAAUUUCAACAUGGUUAAUGUUCUCACCGGCAAGAGGAAUUCGGCUAACCUCUCCGAAAGGUCGCCUCUGCUCAGGUUUUCACAAGAUGACAGCGUGGCAUACAUGACCAUGCAUAAUCCCAGUUUCUACGGCGGCGAGGAACCUUGGGACAGCAGCGCCAUGGACCUGGAGAGGAGGUACCGCUUGGGCAGCGAGGUGACCAGUCUGUCCCUGCUGCACUCCAACUCGUCCGACAAGAGCGACCCCCUGGAGCACCUCAGCCUCAGCUUCAAACUCGCCAGAAGUUUCAUAUGGUGUUUCCGCAUCUCCAAAGUGGCCAUCAUCUUCACAAUUGUUGUUCUUUGCAGUCUGCUCUUCAGUAUGUAUCCCGAUCGGGACAACCCUUGGAGGAUGCUGGCCGUCUCGUCAACCGACAGCUUCUCCAUGAACCUGACGGAGUUCCGCGACAACGCUCUCCUCAAGCUGCAGGUGGGCGGCCCCUUCAGCGGCGCCGUGGCGGACCCGGACAACCAGGAGUACGUGUUGGUUCAGGUGGAGCAGAUUGACCCGCCGGGCCAGAGGAGGAGGAGGGCGCAGCAGGUGAUUUACAAUUGGACCAUUCCUUUGCACAGCGAGCGAAGCGACCAGAUGGUGCUGACCAAAACAUUUGAGAUGCUCAGCAGCGACCCCAUCACCAUCACGGUGCAGGCCUUCAUGGCGGACGCUGAGGUGGUGCCGCUCUCCAUCACCUACCAGUCGCUCUACUUCAGCAUGGAGACACAGGUUGCCAUCGCCGGCAUCAUCCUGACGGGGGUCUACGUCCUCAUCAUCUUCGAGAUUGUCCAUCGCACCCUGGCGGCCAUGUUGGGAUCUUUGGCUGCUUUGUCCGCUUUGGCCGUGAUUGGUGACCGGCCCAGUUUGGUGCAGGUGGUGGAAUGGAUCGACUACGAGACUCUGGCUCUGCUCUUUGGCAUGAUGGUGCUGGUGGCCAUUUUCUCCGAGACGGGUUUCUUCGACUACUGCGCCGUCAAGGCCUACCGCCUCUCCAAAGGCCGCGUGUGGCCCAUGAUCAUCAUCCUCUGCCUCAUCGCCGCCAUCCUCUCCGCCUUCCUGGACAACGUGACCACCAUGAUGCUCUUCACCCCCGUCACCAUCAGGCUGUGCGAGGUGCUCAACCUGGACCCCAGACACGUGCUGAUCGCCGAAGUCAUCUUCACCAACAUCGGCGGCGCGGCCACAGCUGUGGGUGACCCGCCAAACGUCAUCAUCGUGUCCAAUCAGGAUCUGCGCAGACAAGGCAUCGACUUUGCCAACUUCACCGGCUACAUGUUCUUGGGAAUAUGCCUGGUCCUCCUCACCUCCUUCCCGUUCCUGCGCAUGCUCUACUGGAACAAGAAACUCUACAACAAGGAAUCCAUCGAAAUUGUGGAGCUCAAACACGAGAUUCUGGUGUGGAGGCAGACGGCGCAGCGCAUCAACCCCGCCAGCCGAGAGGAGACGGCUGUCAAAUGUCUCCUGAUGCAGAAAGUGCUCAACCUGGAAAGUCUACUGCGCAAGAUGAUGAAAACAUUCCAGAGAGAAAUUUCCCAAGAGGACAAAAACUGGGAGCAGAACAUUCAAGAGCUGCAAAAGAAGCACAGAAUCACCGACAAGGUGCUCCUGGUCAAGUGCGUGUCGGUGCUGGCCGUGGUCAUCUUGAUGUUCUUUGUCAACUCCUUUGUUCCCAGCAUACACUUGGAUCUCGGUUGGAUCGCCAUCCUGGGCGCGCUGUGGCUUUUGGUCCUGGCCGACAUUCAGGACUUUGAGAUGAUCUUGCACCGCGUGGAGUGGGCCACGCUUCUCUUCUUCGCUGCCCUCUUUGUCUUGAUGGAGGCUCUGGCCCAGCUGCAGCUCAUCGACUACAUUGGCGAGCAGACGGCCCUCCUCAUCAAAUCGGUGCCGGAGGACCAGCGUAUGGCCAUCGCCAUCAUCUUGGUGAUGUGGAUCUCGGCCUUGGCUUCUUCUCUCAUCGACAACAUCCCCUUCACUGCCACCAUGAUUCCAGUCCUCAUCAACUUGAGUCAGGAUGCCGAUGUGAACCUACCAGUGAAACCGCUCAUCUUUGCCUUGGCCAUGGGAGCCUGUCUCGGCGGAAACGGCACGUUGAUCGGCGCGUCUGCAAACGUGGUGUGUGCCGGCAUCGCGGAGCAACACGGCUACGGCUUCUCCUUCAUGGAGUUCUUCAGGUUAGGCUUCCCCAUGAUGAUCAUGACGUGCAUGAUCGGCAUGUGCUACCUGCUGGCCACUCACAUCGGACUCGGCUGGAACAUGUGAUCCAGGACUUGAAGGUUUACAAGAACCAGACCACAAACCGGUAUCCGAAGAGGUCGGAGCAAAGACGAGAAGAAAUGGCAACCGUUAGCACAAAUGUACAUUUUCCCUCUUCCAGUUGAACAGACAAUGAAUUGUUCAGUGUUGUCAAAUAUGGCCUCAAUCAUUAAACAAAAUAUUCCCCAAAAUAUAUUAUUUAUGUUUAAAGAAACCAUGACACCCAAUUAAAGGGAUUUUUAUAAUUGUUCAUGUAAAAUAUUUUUAACACAUAGCCAUAAAAUAAUGUUGGCGGACGGCGAUGAUUUAAUGCAGAUGAUUUUCAACUAAGAGGAAACCUUGAGAAAUCAAACGAUUAAACUUGGUGUUUUAAAAUUG